UGUGCCGACUAUAAACGGAUAAAUCACUCAGCUGAGAUAAGAGUUUAAGAAAGGUCACACAAAUGGAGGUCCUCCUUUAUCGUGCAGAGCCCACAGGAUUCCCGUUUAAGUUUCUGGCUCAUCGAUCUCUUUCUCGUAUUUCCUUCCCCAGCCCGGUGUGGCUCCGCUCCACUCUGUCCGCUCGCAGUUCGUUAAUCGCCACGUCUGUGCCGAGCAGCGUCAAGUGGACUUUAGCUCUUCCUUGAUCCUCCCCUGUGCAGAUGACGUUUCCUUGUCACCUUUCCACACAGCCUUCUCCCCCCAACAGACCAUUCGGCCACGGCUUGGGGAUCAUGCACCUCGGCUCCUGAGUCGCGAGCCCUGACACUGCGCAGCUAACCAUGUCGGACAGAUACCACAAAGCGGCCAUCGAUGGCUAUAAGGAUCUUCUAAAAGAAGCCACUAGGAAAGAUCUGAACACCCCGGACGAAGAUGGCAUGACCCCCACCCUAUGGGCGGCAUACCACGGACACGUUGAAGCGCUCCAACUGAUCUGCAGUAGGGGUGGAGAUCCAGACAGGAGUGACAUCUGGGGCAACACACCACUACAUCACGCUGCAGCCAAUGGCCACUUGACUACGGUCAACUUCCUGGUGAAUUUUGGGGCCAACAUCUUUGCUCUGGACAAUGACUUUCAUACCGCAAUGGAUGUGGCUGCUUCCAAGGACCGCAUGGAGUGCGUGCGAUUUUUGGAUGACGCGGCUACAAGGCAGAACAACCAAAACCCAAAAAAGGUAGCCAAACUGAAGGAUCAGGCUACAAAGGACGCCGAGAAAAGGGUCAAGUCCUGUGAAAGAGUCCAGAAGAAGCAUGAGAGCAAAAUGAACAAGAUGUACCAACAGCAGCAUGGCUCCGUCUAUGGUUCUGUCCGGUCACCUGUCGCAGAAGGGACCAUUAACAGUGUCAAUGAGCAUUUCUCUAAACUUAUCGCCUCCAAUACCUCAGGAACGCUUACCUCCAGGAUCUUAGGGACAUUACAGAAGAGGCUGAACAAGAAGGAGAAAAACACAGUGUCACAUCAUGGUGGAGACAAUGUCAUCUUUGUCAAGCAGGAAGGCAACACCUUGGGGCGUUCCAACCUUAUGAACAUGUUCAUAGAACAGGAUGAGUCAGAAGAAGCAUCUGCCAAUCAGGAUCGAGGAGUAGGAGAAGAACAAGAAGAACAAGAAAACGAAGGAGCGGAAAGUAGCACCUCUGCUAACAAAGAGUCCAUUUUCAAGAGGCCUGGCCUAGGAAACAUGGUGUUCAGAAGAAAUCUCAUGGGCCUGGCAGCAGAACCUGAAGAGAUCGCCUAUAACAUGGAGGUGGACUUUGGCCUUCGUAUCCAAAAGGAGCUCUUCCAGCCGCAGAGAGAGGAGGAUGAGGACGUCUACGAAGAGAUGGACGGAAACCUGCCCUGGAAGGAAGAUGAAAUUGACCUGGAUGAUGACGAUGAAGGCGAGACGUCUCCCCUGGCUGCCUUCUUAGCUUCCCUCAACUUGGUGGAAUUUACACCCAUCUUCAAACGUGAGCAGCUGGACCUGGAAGCCCUUAUGUUAUGUUCAGAUGAAGACCUCAAGAGCAUCCAUAUCCAGCUGGGGCCUCGCAAGAAAAUCCUGGAGGCAGCAGCCCAGAGAAAAAAGGCCAUGAAACACUCCAGCCAGAUGUCAGACAGCUGCCUAUGAAGAACCUCGAAGUUUUUUAGGAAUUUAGAGGGACUAGAGGUUGUCCGUUGAAGUCCUGACUUUUCCCAUGGAACAGAUGUGCUGGGUCACCUCUUGGACUUUAUGACAGAGCUUUCUUGUAGUGAACCACACCCAGUGACCUUCUACCUUGUCCCUCUUAACUGUUGAACACCCACUUCAGUGGCUAUACGACCUCAGGGGGUCAUGGAACUGAGUCUACCAUCUGGGUUUCACACUCCAAACACUGAUCAGUGUCUAGCAGGCUCUGCUUCUUCUUUCCUCAGAAUCCACACAUAUAGCAUCCUUUGUUGGACAUCUAAGCGACUCAUCUAAGGGGUCUCCACCUACACACCAGCACCUGAAAGAUGGCUUUUGUCCUUUUUAAUGACUAAUUUAAAAUUUCUCAGCUUCUCAAUCAGACCUCGAACACUAUAGUCAGUACGGUGCUACAUAGACCAGACAGUUUUCCACAUUCCAGUUUGAAAUAAAUGGGAGCAAGUAGCUUGAUUGCACACCUCCUUCUUUUUCUUGUCAUCUUGUUGAAACUCUUGGGUGGUCCUAUUUCAGGCUUAUUCAAAGAAUUUGUACAUUUUAUAUACGGGCAGAAGUCGGGCAACUCAGAUCGAUGUAAAGGAUGGGUGCUGCCUAGGGGGCAAGAAAAUGGAGACCACAAGUACGUCAGUUCAAAGGAUAAUAGGAGGUUUGUACAAUGCAAGGGAAUGGAUUGCCAGCUGUUAACCCUUUUAGGACAGACUGACUGGGGGGGACUCAGGGACCAACAGAGCCAGACCUCGAUUUCAGGCUGGGUUCAGUCACGCCCGCUGUAUACCAGCGACCAUUUUAACAUUCAUUUUUAGAAAUCCGAAAAUCACUUUCGAUUAGAUGUCCCUAAUUUCGCUGUACUUAACCUUGUAAUUACUUGUACAAUUACAGAGUAACUAGGUGUUAUUACCUUCUACAUACUGGGUAACACGAGAAUUAAGUACUCAAUUGUAAUUGUUAUUCCUCAAUUUAUAUACGUAUCUCUCUAUUAUAUAAAAAAAAUCCUUUGACGCGACGAGACUUUUUUGUAGUCAACACUUUUUGAAAGAUUUUUUCAAGUCUCGCAAGAUGAAACUUUUUCCAUGAGAAUUUUGAAAGUCACGUCCUCCUCUCAACCAUUUUCAAACAUCGAUCCUCUCAUUCGUGUGAAUGCUUUUGUCAGACACAUUUCUUGCGCUCUCCGCUCUUAUAAACCUUUACUUUUCCCUCAUUUUAAGUCGUUCAUGAAAAGUCCACAGUUUCAUCCUUUAAAGGAGCAUUUCAGGAUAUUAUUUUUAAACAUACAAUAUAUUUGUUAAAAACGUUGAAGCCAUUAUCAGGACAAUAAUUUUAUACGUUCUAGACGACACGUCAACAACUAAGUGAAGAACAUGUAAAAUUUUAA